AUGCAGCAGACAAAUAUCCCGAAAAUACGCCUGCUCAAUGCAGAUGUAGACCCUGAAUCUGACCAGGAAAGCCACCUACGACUGCUCGUUGACCAGAAGUUCACCAAACACAUCACCGUUUCUGGUGGUUUGUUUGACCCCGACGACAUGUGCUUCGAGCCUUGUCUGAUCGACUUGCUGCCGCCUCUUCCGCCAGGCGACUGGAACACUGGGCGCAUUUCUCGCAAUCUCGACACUGGUCUCCCCUAUUUCGAAACAGUGUCUGAAGAGAGCCUCCCAACCAUCAGUAAAUCUCUGGCACGCGGUCCAGAUUGA